UCACCCCCGCACCAACUCCCCACCGCGCCGGCGCCCCACUCUCAUCCCCCUCCCCUUUCCCAAUCCCCUUUCCUAAAGCCGGCAGCUCAACCACGACUCCUUCCGCCCCCGCACGGCGCCGACCACCUUACACCGGCCCCGGGCCCGGAUUCGGCGGCAGGCAGCAGCACUCCACCCGGCGCCUGCGCGCGAGCAUGGCCGGUCGGGGCGGGAGGUGAUAGGCGGGGGGCGCGCAGAUGAGGGAGCUGGUGGGGAGGCCCGGGACGUGGGGCGGGCUCUGGCUGCGGCUCGGCCAGGCCGCGCUCGCCGCCGCCUCCAUCGCCGUCAUGGCCUCCGCCUACGGCUUCGCCGGCUACACCGCCUUCUGCUAUUUGAUUGCGUCCAUGGGAUUGCAAGCGUUGUGGAGCUUGGGACUUGCAUGCCUUGAUGGAUACGCCCUUAAAGUCAAAAGAGAUCUCGGCAAUGCUGUUUUAGUGAGCUUAUUUGUCGUCGGAGACUGGGUUACGGCAAUUCUCUCGUUUGCCGCAUCAUGCUCAGCUGCUGGCGUCAUAGUUCUUUUUGAGAGGGACAUUUCUUUCUGCAGAAGAUUUUACCAACUGCCUUGUGGGAAGUAUCAACUUGCCACGGCAUUUGCUUUUCUGUCUUGGGCGCUAAGUGCUACGUCAGCGGUCAUCAUGUUUUGGCUCCUGGCAUCCUUCUGAUUUUGUAUAUAGUCCCCCUAUGUAAGUUCUGUUUAUAGAUUUUUCAGCGAUGUAAGCAACAGAAACCACACUGCCAAAACGCAUGGAAAUGUUGGGACACCUGUAAACUCCAUGGAGCUGGCAUGUUCUAGGUAUUACUCACUGGAAGCUUUGCUCCAGAUAAUGAUGCUGAAUCGGCCUGUCAUUGUAGCGGCUCCAGAUACUCUUGGUAUUCAUUCUCUAAGGCAGUAGUAGAGCCAUAGUCUUAACGGUGCAGUUGUACCUGACUAAUUACUUCCUUUGUAAUUUGGGAUGAUGUGAUGUAAUAUUGGUGAGCAAUUGGGAAGUUUUAGCUGA